UCACAUUAAGGAGAAACAGCUGAAGGAGACACAACAGAGCCUCCAGCAACCCGACCGAGGCUUCACCUUCCAGGACGAGGCCUUGAGACAUCGCCACUUUCCGAAGGCUUCUUUGGUUUUUAGUCCGUUCGCAACAGUCGAAGUCUCUGCGUUUUUUGUUUUAAGGCGUUUUUUCUGGAAACGCUGCAACCAUGUCGACGGCUGUGGAAGCGAUCGGGUUCAUCAUGUGCAUCAUCAGCUGGCUAGUGACUGCAGCAUCGCUGGUCAACGACUACUGGAAGAUCUCCACCGUGUCCGGCAGCGUCAUCAUCUCCCAGAGGCAGUUUGAGAACUUGUGGCACUCCUGCGCCGAGAACAGCGCCGGCAUCGCCGAGUGUCGGGACUUUGAGUCGAUGCUCGCCCUCCCUGCUCACAUUCAGGCCUGUCGUGCCCUCAUGAUCAUCUCGCUGCUGCUGGGACUCGGCUGCAUCAUCGUGUCGUUGCUCGGACUCAAGUGCAUCAAGAUCGGCUCGUCCACCGACCAGACCAAGGCCAAGAUCGCCGCCACCGGAGGCAUCCUGAGCUUCCUGGCCGGUCUGUGCUGCAUGAUAGCUUGUUCCUGGUACGCUUACCAAGUGGUUCAGGACUUCAAUGACCCGUUCUACGGAGGCGUGAGGUUUGAGCUGGGUACUGGUCUGUACUUGGGAUGGGCUGGAUCCUCCCUGGCCAUACUGGGAGGAGCUUUACUCUGCACUGCCUGUAAGAGAGCGUCACCUGGUGGCCAGAAAGGCGGUUACUAUGGAAACCAACCACAGAAAGUGUACAAGGCCACGCCCAAAUCAGAUCAGGACUCGAGCAGAGCUUACGUCUAAAGUCACACAUCUGCACCGUCGCUGUCAGGAAGUUUCACCACACAACGUAAAGAUAGAAACCCUCCUCCAUGUCUUCAGUCGCUUUUCUCUCCUUUUUCUUAUUUGUUUUAAAGAGGUGAAAUCUGGAAUCUUAGCGGUCUGCCAGGAAUCUGUAGAUUGCUGUUUAACGAUUGUUUUAAUUCUGUUAUAGUUUGUUUUUACCUGAAUAAAGUUUGUAUUACAUAAUAAAA